AUGGAGCGAAAGGUGCCGCCGAGGCCGUUUAUCAACGCUGCACAACUUCAGUCGUUCCCACAUCGAACCGGACACCCACCCACUUUUGAAGCAGCUCCAGCGAGCGCUCUCAAUGAGCAGAACGCACCCCCUCCUCCGCCGCAGCAGCCACAUGCACCGCAAACUUUUGGUUUUCCAAUGGCAAGAGGACCCGCUAGCACAAACGCAAAUGCAACUAGACGAGGAUGGAAACCAGGACGUGUAGGAGGACGCCAUGAUUCACCGCUGUACGAGAAGCAUCGAAAGCGCCCAGCGUCGUCAUCUAUCGAUAGCAAUGUCAGCUGGAGUGGUAGCGAGAUCGAUUCAGUGAGCGGUUUUGGCGCCAUACACAGUGAGCAGGAGCAGGUAUCAAGACUGAGCUGGGCCUCAUCAAUCACGACUAGUGAAGCAGUGCCGUCUACUUCUCAGCAAGAAAUGGCUUCCACAGCAACAGAGCAACAUUCGCUACUGUUUGCUGCUGCGACUAGUGAGCACGGGACAAGUCAGACGUUUGGCAGCCUAGGCGGAAUGGAUGUACACCCACCAAAAACACCGCUGGGCAAACCAAAACAUGAAAUCGGCGGAGAAAUGAGUGCCACGCAGCGUGUGCGUCUAGAGCUGACAGCGCAUGCGGGCAGUCUUGCGGGGUCUCGUACAAAUAGCUCGGAAAAUAUGUUUGCUGACACGAUCGCAUCCGCUUACGAUGAAGAACAGAAUGGCCCGCAGUCGUGUCCAUCAGCUUUUAACAACACAAGACAGCCACAAUUUUCGAUCGACAAACUUCGACAACUGCGAAGUAAUGAGCUGGUCGCUUCAAAACUUUUGCCUACUCGAACCAGUGUGAACAGCCUCAUGGGAUACGUGCGGGAAUUGCAAAUAUCAGAGGCUACAUUGCGGAAGCAACUAGUUAAAACAAAACAGGACACGGAGGAAGAACUGAUGCAGUCAUUAUCGAAGGUGAACAAGCUCGAACGAACGAUGAUGGAGGUAGAGAGGGAUCGGAUGUUGGUACGGCAGAAGUUGGAGGAACAAGAAAAACUAAUUCGUGAUCUGUCGACCAAGUUGAAGCUAGCGGAGACAGCUAAAGCAAAUGGCAGCACAAAUAGUGGCUUUGAUGAGAUGCCUUCUAUAGCUGAAGAAACAAGCUUAGGUGAAAACACCGAGGAAAUGAUAAUUUCGGCUGAAAAUAAGCGAUCAGCAUCGACAUCUUCGCCUCUUUCGACGCCAGCUGCCUCUGUGCAAUCUGCGAUACCUACCGUGCUGCACGAACAGAUUUCAAUGACUUCUUCGGCUCACGCUCAUCAGAUUCAGAGUCACAAUCGUACUUCCCAAUUUGGACUUGCGUCACCUCGGUCGCCGAAUCGACCGCUUUGGGAUCCAUGGGCGUCUGGGGGUGCGACACCAAUGAAAAAUUUGCCACCAGUGUUUACUAUUGGGUCAACUGGUGGGGAUCAAGUGGCUGCUUCGUCCACUGCUGUAAAAUAUGCUACUUGCGAAGCAGUGACAGCUUCUGAAGACUAUGAGCUGAAAUCAGUUCUUAUGUCUCCACGCGGAGUUAAGAGUCGUACUGAAAUCUCAGAAGUAGACCGCCUUGCUCAACAGACGCAGCACGAUAAAGUAAAAAUGGAAACGGAGGAUUCCGCUUUAAUAUUAGAUGCUGGUGUAGCACCAUCAACGCCCCCUGAACAGCAGAGUUCCUCGCUAUCGUUGACGCAACAUGAAGGGUACGGCGCGCUAGACCAAAAUGAGGGUUCAAUAAUGAAUACGCCUUUACCAGAUGUUUCGAUGCAUUGUGCCAAACCGAUGGCUUCUGCUGAUCAAAAAAUUGAUGAUCACCAAGCACAAAUAAAGUCUUCUGGAAGCACGGCGAUGUCAGACGGUGGGAAAAUUAUUCAAGAACUUCAAGAAGGGCCAUCACUGGUAAGUGAUCGGGGCGAAAUCAACAUAAGUGAGGUUCCCGCUCGGUCUGUGAAAUCGCAGGUUACUUCAGUAGAUGAGGCUUCAAAGAAUUAUUCUUUUGAAAGUGAUAGUGCUCGAGAUACACCUGAGCACACUUCAUUGUCUGAGGUAGCAAGCGUUAGCGCACAACCUGACGAUAGUCCUGUGCUAUCAGCUUCUUCGCCAAAACGGGAAGACGGCAAGGUCGCCUCGCUUGCCGAGCCAGUGUCGUUAGAGACACUCUUGGUUGAUUUCUUCAACGAAGUAGAUCAAAAACGUCUUAAGAUGGCAACAGUUUAUGGAAAGAGGUAUGCUGGUCGUGAAAAAUGGCUGUUCGCUGAGUUGACAAAGCGAUACGGCGCAGCAAAAGUUGUCGCAUUAAAAGAUAAAUUUGAAAGCAUGGCUAGAGCUUCAAUCUCUAGUGACGACAGAAGCAACAGUACAAUCGACAAUCGUACAGGUAAACCAUCGAAAGUGUCGGACAAUCCAAAAUCAAGUCGCCAAGGCCACCCACGGCAUCCACAGUUCCUCCAAUUGCUUACUCCUACCGUUGAUGUAGACGCUAGCGCUGCUCCUUCCUCCCAGAAUCACAAUGAACUUGAAACUCAUACACAACACGAUGUAAAACAAGCUGCAGCUUUAGUGAGUUCAAGCGAAGCGCUUUCGAACCGUGGAGCCAUCGCGUCACAACGUCGCUCUAUGGGUGUUGGUUCGUCUCUUUCUCUCUCGUCUUCACAAAAACCUCUCGAAAAUGAGGGCACGUCUGAAGCGGCAACAGACAGCUCACAUAUAAGUGAGCCUACUCCGGCUAAAUUUGAUAAUGCAAUCCCGGCAACCGCUCAUCAGGCUGCAAUGGACGAAAAAAAUAUCUCCUCUUCAGGACUCCGUCAGCGUUAUCAUGCGUCUGACAUGAGUAUUCAAGAUCAGAAAAAAGUUCUUCCUCCUAUCACCUUGGAGAUCUUGUUAGAGGAGUUGUACAACCAUCACCAGCCUGACAAGUUGAAAAACGUAUCUAUUGUCGCAAAGCAGUAUGCUGGGAAGGAACGGGAACUUGUUGGUUUAUUGAAGAAAAAGUAUGGGGCACUUAGCGUGAAGCGAUUAGAAGAAAAUGUGGAACUGCUGGAGCAGGCUCAUCGUGCUUGCGUCGAUGGACGUAACUCACACAAGAAAAAUAAGCGAGGCUGGUUUAUUCGUACAAUCUCGCUCGUGUUUUGGCUCUCGGUGCUGCUUUAUUUCUGUUUUGGUGCUGUUUUCGUCAGUUUUGUUAUCAUAGAUGCGUGGGAGUGUCGUGCUUUUGGCAACGACGAACAGGAUUUAGAACCUGCUGAAGAGUGCUUUGAUCUUGAAAACGAAUUGAAGGACUUUACUUAUGAGCGUAUCGCUGCCUAUUUCAGCCAGUCCUACUCAGAUGACUGCUUUUGCGCUGUGUGGAAUUCUCGUCAGAGUGCCUUGUUUACAAACUUCUCGGGCGAUAAUAUCAUUGAUUUAGCGAAGCUGGUGCCAUUUUCUCCGGACUCAUUUGGGACGCCAUGGAUCGCUAGUGUAAAAGAGUACAUUCCGUCACAAGAAUUUUAUGAAACCUACGCUAAACCUGUCGUGGAUCUAUCGCUAAGUGUUGGUUCGUUUGUUUGGGUUUCUGUUAUUGAUCUUUCAAAGUAUAAACUCGAAUCUGAGAAAAAAACCCAGCUUGGAGAAGAUGUGGAAAACGACUCUACUGGUUUGGUAGCGGUGGAAAGCGGUGCGUAUGAUAAUGUCGAAGGUAACAACGAAAUAGAUGCUCGAGACCAGAUGCUUUAUGAUGUAUCAUCUGUUAAUAAUGUCGACAACGAGAACGAAGGUGAUGCGAAAGGCCAGCUGCCUGACGGAUAUGAGAAAUUGGCUGCCAAGUACAUUCAGAAUUUAAGUGAAGUGAAGUCCGGACACCAAGUGCCUCAAAAUGUAGAGGAAGAAGCUACGAUUAACGUGGAAAAUGAUAGUGAUGAUGACUCCGGAGAUCAAUUAUUUGUUGGAAGUGAGUUCGCAGCCUCGGAGAAUGAAAUUGAGGUCAAGACUGGACGUCGGCUGCCUGAGAAGGCUGAGGUGGCAGCUACGGGAAAUGUGGAGAAUGGGAAAGGUGUUGAGGUUAGAGAACGGUUGCCUGAGAAAGGCGAUGUGGGAAAAGAGCGUGAGAUAGAUCAGCCAAUUGGCGAGAUCGAAUCAGCGGAUAUGUUUGUCAGGUUGGAGGGAGAUAUAGUCGAUGAAAGUGCCAAGUUGUACGACGACCAUCUGGCUGAAGAGAACCUAACAAUAAUUGACAGCGCAAGGUUUUUGAAUAAAUCAGAUUCCGAUGAAAACUACGAAGCAGUCACAGCAUUCCAUGUUUCGGAGCUGAACAAGUUCGUACCACUUGAAGAUUCUGAGCUAGCUUUGCGCAAUGGGGAGGGUUUGGUUGAUAUAGUGAGUGACGCAACCGAAAUUUUGCAAGAGAAUAGUGCUAAUCCCAGUUUGGUAAAAGAUGAUGACGAUGAUCAAUUUUACUCUACUUCCGGUGAUGAAAAGACUUUUGUCAUAUCCGAGGCUGUGGAGCGAGUGCUUGAAACUGCGUCGAUAGAAGUCAAAAGUUCUCAAGAAAUGGGUGUCGAGGGAGAUAAAUUUGUUGAAAUAGAGGUCCGGCAGGAGGAUUUAAAUCUGUUGUAUCCCGUGACGGAAACGCACGUAACGGGUGGCAACCUAACUGCAGCUGUCGUGGAUGACUCUCAUGCUGCUUUAAUGGAGGAAUCGCCUGAGCUGUCUGGGGAUAAUGUUGUUGCUAGUUCAGCAAUUGUCAAUCCGGGUGUGCCAGUGUUCGAAUCCGUUUCUGCCGUUGAUGAAUGGUCUCGCACUGAAGGCACUGAAGCCGAACUGACUGAAGUAGACUCGGCCAGCGAUGCUUUAAGUGAGGCGUCUUCAGUUGAAGCAGCGAAUUUGAAGACUUCGGCUACUUUAAUUGAAAAAAAUGAUGUUGAGACAGGGAGGAGCAAGCUUGAAGCCGUGCUUGACGUCAAAGAGAAUAAAAGUCCAGCCGAAGCUGAAAAUGACGUUAUAGAUUCUGAGGUUGAUCAUAAACCGGAGAAAGAAACGAUCGGACUAUAUCCAAAUUCUGCGUCUUUGUUGAGCUCAUAUAACGUCAACAUGGCAGAAUCGUUGCUUGAAGAUAGCAGUGCUGGUGUUUCAAACGAGUCUUUUAUGGUUAUAAAUAACGGCAAGAAGAGUGAAGAAUAUGCAGUCGCUUCUUAUGAAAGUUUUCAAACAUCAUUAGCAAUCCCUGAUGCAAAGAUGGAUAAACUAAACUCGGAAGCGAUGGAUGAGACUGAUAUCGAUUCAAAUAUCUCUUCUGAAGACGAGUCAUCAUUUGGUCUGACGGACAACCUCACCGGUGCUGUUGCUGUGGCUUCUGUGGAAGAAUCCGACGACGAUAAAAAUAUGGUCGGAGCGAUAGUCGAUGUUGUGUCAGGUGCAGUGACUGACUCGCAUGGAUUUGAACCUCGCUUUGGUAAUGAGAUCGAUGCAGUCAGAGGUGUGGACGAUAAAAAGGACAACAGCAAUACUGCAUUAGAUGUUUCCAGUGCAAAUGAAGUGGAUCACUCCGUGCCCGUUAGCGAAAAUUCUGUGGCGAUCGAAGCCGCGAAAGUAUUGGACGAUUUCGAAGCUGAUGCUGCUGAAGUUGCUCGGGAUAUGACUGAUCAGAUUGAUAUUGUCGAGAUCACUGGUGUAUCCGAUACGGCUGAUGCCGAGAAUUCUGCAGCGAAAGAUAGUAAAAUUGCAAAUGCAUUUGAGAUAGAGCAUUUUGAAGAAGGCGACGAUGUUUUCUCAGUCUCUGCCAACGAUGUUACUUCUGAAAUUGAUGAUGGAAUUCAAGCGGCUGACAUUGUACAAGAAUCGGAAGCGAUUCAAUCUGGUGAUGGAGUGAUGGAGCAGAUUAUAAGCGCCGAUGAAAUUACUGGUUUAAACGACGAGAAUGAAUUGUUGACCGUAGUAGCUGACGAAUCACCGACUUCUGGUCUUGUAGACGGAGAUAACGGCGGUCUUGUUUCUGCUGUAAAUGACGUCCUGGCAAGGCUUGUUGAGCCUUUUGAAGCAGCUAAAGCGACCUCAAUUCAUGCAGCAACAACAGAAGAGGAAAGAGUAUAA